AUGCCGUCGCUCGAGGAGGAGAUGAAUUCGACGAUCGUGCCCUAUCCGUAUAUUGCUAUACCGCCGCCGACUCAGCAACCAACAAGUGGGUUCUUUUUGGGGUGAAAAAGGGAACAGUGGAAUUCCUCUUCGUUAAUCGAAUUAUUCCUUUGAGAAAUGACCUUCAAGCACAAUGCAUUAUUUUCUGAAACCGGCCAAGAGUUUCUAGUCUGAUCACUCUGAGUCAUGGCUAAUAUUCCGGAAGUCCAUUUCAUUCGACAUUCAACCAGAAGCCAUAUCGGCUCGAAACUUUUCAAAAAUGUUCGGCAACAAUGUCUGUUUUCACGCUUUAUUUCGAGAUCUCUGCCCUAAAAAUAACCUCGAAGCACAUGCUUCAUCAGUCAUCAUUUUCCCGCGAAUAGAUAUUGGCACUGAAUAGAUCCAAUCUUUCGAUUUUAUUCACGGGGAGCAAAGUAUCGCUCCCUUCCUCUUCCGGCAUUCAUUUUCUGAGUAUUCAAUUCUCGGACCGUCAUCCUCCCCCUCCCCAUUGCUCACUUUCCUCUAGAAAUCCCCGUCCAAUCAACUGGUCAUUCAUUCACGCCGAUCAAAACAGAAGUAGAAGGGGAGCAAUGUGUAAUUCAUAGUAUUCAUGAAUGAAGGCGUCGCCUUCAGAAGUAGCAGACCGGAAAAGGGCUGACUCUCGGAGAACAGGGAAACGGGAGAGAUCAGAAUAAUUUGGUGACAUAAGAAAGAGAUUUAGAAUAGAACAGGGGACAAGAGGGAAUGAGCUGGUCUGCUCAUUCUCGAAUGUUUUCAGACCUGGAGCUCUUCCUUUCGCUGCUCCACCUCGUCUGUCUGACCUCCAUUCUCUGCGGAAAUGUCUCCCAGCUUGUCCUCCAACUGUACACCCGUCGUCUUCGAGAUGUGACCCAUGUUCAGCAGUUUCUCGCCUUCUUCUUCAUCAUAAACGCGUUCGUUUCGCUCGGAACUCCGUGGAUGAUCGUGGAAACACUCGUUCGUCACUGGACCUUUGGACCCAGUGCCUGCAGAGCGUAUCAGGCGACGGCCCAGGUCGGAAGAACACUUCUACCGUAUGCCAUUGUGGCAUUAUAUGUGGUUACGGUAUGGAGAGUCGGUGUAGAUCAGGAAAAUGAAUGAGAAUGUUGCAGAGUAUGUCUAUCAAUCCGUCCAGAAAGUGCCGUAUCCGUCAGUCGUUCACUACCAUCAUGUUCACAAUCAUUUUCACUUUGCUGGUCCUCUUCAUAAUCGUCCCGGUCAUUGGUAGUUCUACAGUAAUCUCUCCCUUCUCCUUUCUUCUUUUUCACUUUUUAUUCUUCCAGCUAAUACCGCGAAUCCACGGAAACCGUAUGCCCGGUGAAGUGUUCAGUGUGAUGUUCGAAUCGUUUUUCUGUGUGAUCCCCUUCGCCGACGAGGUCUACACAGACGGCGUCGCUCUGUUCGUGGAGGUCAUUGCGCCCGUCGUUCUCUGUUGCAUCUGUGCGAUCCGGCUCAAGAUGGCAACGAAGGACAUUCCGACGAUGAUGCCGAUCGAUUGCAUCAAUAACUAUCUGGUCAGUUUUGCUUUGAGUUUCUUCCGAACAAGCGCCUUCUUUUCCAGCUCUGGAUAGCUGCAAUCCACUUUUCCACCAGUUUCUGGUACUAUUUCACACCGGAGACCAAGAGAUGGAUCUUCUCUUUCCUGCCGACGCCCAUGGACCACCGGGACAUUCUCUGUCUCCUUCCGUACAUUUCCUCGGCGCUCACUUGGUAUCCGGCGUCCGAUUUGAGUGCAUUCUGGUCUAUUUACGAGGUUGUUUCCCUCCCGAAACCCAUAACCCUCUCAACCCAUUUCUCUUCUUUUCAGAGUCAUAGCGAGAGCCCCGAGUCCGGGCAGAGCCGUCACUCCUCUCGCCACGUCCGUCUUCUCGUUCCGCCGCCGUCCACUUUUGAAGAGGGCGGAUACACUCACGACUGUCACAUGCCGUUGAGCCCCAAAAACACUUGCGAUGUCUGA